AUGUCCGAUGAGGCCGAUUCGUGCGCCGAAGGUGCGUUGGCGGUUUGGGCAUGUUGGGAGGGCUUGGCCAUUGACGAGGUGGAUACGAGGCCUUGCCGUUUGCGCGUCGCCCUUUUGACUUUAGCAGCGACGACCCGCCGAGGCGGUCUUGCAAUGAUUGGAAUUGCUGGUUUUCCGACACCACAAACCGAAAUUCUGGACUCGGAAUUCCAACCCCUUUGGCCCCAGUUAGAUCUGAUCAUUGAUGGCGGCCGUAUCGUCACCAACGAGAGUGAGGGUCCGGACGCGGGUGAUCGGAACGCCAGCAGAGCGGGAUCAACGGUCGUAGACCUCUCCGAGUGCGUCCGCUCUCCCGGUUCUAACCUCUACACCAUUGUCCGUGAAGGAAGUAUCUCCUUGGAGCCUGCCUAG